UGAGGAGGAGCAAGGCUGAGAGGAGUGUUCCCAAAAUCGCAAUAUCUUCAACUCUAUCUGCAACAGCCAACUUUCUCGUUCGUCGAUCACAAAAAUGGCGGCGAAACUUCAAAUAUUUACGGGAUUGCCCCCCGCGCCAUUUCAAUCUUCCUCCUCCACUCUCUGCGUACUCAAGAAGCCUCUCACUACCUCCUUCUUCGGCACUGCACGAGUGGAAGUUCUGAAACUUCGAGUGAUGAGGAUUGCGAAGCCUGCGCGCGGUGGAGGUGCUCUCGGUGCUCGCAUGAACCUCUUUGACAGGUUCGCCAGAGUUGUGAAGUCGUACGCAAACGCUGUCUUAAGCUCGUUUGAAGAUCCGGAGAAAAUAUUGGAGCAAGCUGUGCUUGAAAUGAACGACGACUUGACCAAAAUGCGUCAAGCUACUGCACAAGUGUUGGCAUCUCAAAAGCGGUUGGAAAAUAAAUACAAGGCUGCACAACAAGCUUCUGAAGAGUGGUACCGGAAAGCACAACUUGCUCUUCAGAAAGGUGAAGAGGAUCUUGCUCGUGAAGCACUUAAGAGGCGUAAAUCUUAUGCGGAUAAUGCCAGUUCUUUGAAAGCUCAACUUGAUCAACAAAAGACUGUUGUUGAGAAUCUUGUCUCUAAUACAAGGCUUUUGGAGAGUAAGAUACAAGAGGCAAGGUCGAAAAAAGAUACUCUCAAAGCAAGAGCUCAAUCGGCAAAGACUGCAACCAAGGUGAGUGAGAUGCUGGGAAAUGUCAAUACAAGUAGUGCUCUUUCAGCUUUUGAAAAGAUGGAAGAGAAAGUGUUGACAAUGGAGUCCCAAGCUGAAGCUCUUGGCCAGUUGACAAGUGAUGAUCUUGAAGGAAAGUUUGCUUUGCUUGAGGGCUCGUCCGUUGAUGACGACCUUGCGAAUUUGAAAAAAGAAUUAUCUGGUGCCUCAAAGAAAGGGGACCUUCCUCCUGGAAGAAGUACCACCAGCGCCAACACUGGGAUUCCAUUUCGAGAUGCUGAGAUCGAGUUGGAACUUGAUCAAUUGAGGCAAAGAGCAAAGGAAUUUUGAAGCAUGGAUUCUUUUUUGUUUCUUCAUAUCAAAUCUUCAAUUUAGUUUCUUUAUUUCUGAUAUCAACGUUGUACAGCUAAAGGCCAAUCACGAUAUUGUUCGACUACUGGCCAAAAAUUGAUUAGAAAAAUGAACUGAUUAGCUGCAUGCUCUUGUAGCUCAUGUUAUAUGUUAAUUACCUUAAGUGUGAUGAUAUUGUAAUAUAUAAUUUGUACCAUCAGAA